AUGCAUGGGCGCGAAAUUGAUACGCAAUUCCCGGAGCGCACAGUCAAGAGACGACGUAUAUCCACCUCGCAUGAGCGAGACAUUGACUGCCCAAAAAUGGAUCUCUCGCAACCGAAGAUCGAGCUUACUCCUCUCGAGAGUACACUGCGAACCCUCUUACUCGAUGUCGCUGCUCAUAUUCAAAGCGCAAGGAACACCACUGGGGAGAAUGAUGAAGGUGAAUUGCAGUUGGAACUUGUCCUGCGCUUUACUGGUGGCUGGGUUCGCGACAAGCUUCUUGGUGUGAACAGCCAUGACAUCGACGUUGGGAUCAGUAGCAUGACUGGCUAUCAGUUCGGUAUGGCUCUGAAAGAUUACCUCGAUCAGCCUGAAAAUCUGGAAAAAUAUAAAAGAAGCCUGCCGAAUGAGGAACUCAGUGACUCAAUAGUCAGCUUGCACAAGAUUGAUGCGAAUCCGGAAAAAUCGAAGCACUUGGAGACUGUUACGACCAAGAUCUUCGGGCUGGACAUUGACCUGGUCAAUUUGCGCAAGGAAACAUACUCGGAUGACAGUCGUAACCCUCAGAUGGAGUUUGGCACUGCCGAGGAGGACGCUCUACGUCGGGACGCUACGAUCAACGCGCUAUUCUACAAUCUCAAUGAGGCGAAGUUGGAGGAUCUGACAAAGCGUGGACUUCACGAUAUGAAGCAGCGGAUCAUUCGCACCCCGCUCGACCCUUAUCAGACCUUCAAGGACGAUCCUCUUCGAGUCCUACGACUCAUUCGAUUCGCAAGUAGGCUCGGAUAUACUAUUGAGAAGGAAACAGAGGCAGCUAUGCAAAACGAGGACAUCAGUGUUGCGCUACGACACAAGAUUAGCAAAGAAAGAGUGCUUGCUGAGCUAGAUAAGAUGCUUCAUGGGCCGGAUCCUCGCGGCGCCUUGCACAUCAUCGACCGACUCGGGCUUUAUCCCACCAUCUUUGCGAACCACCAGGACAAUGUCACGGCAGAUACAUCGACAUGGCCUUUGGCAUACAAUACCCUAGCGAGACUAUUGCAUCCCUCUGAUACCGAUGAAUCUUUACAUCCAAUCCGUCAGAGACUCCUGCAAGAUCCAUCAAGCCACUACAGCGCUUGGAUGAUUGCUGCCUUUGCCCCUUGGACAUCUGUACCCAGUCGAAGCCAAGGAACGGAGAAGAAGCCACCCCCGCUGCGUCCGGUCGAAGUUGGUAGAGACAGCCUCAGAGCUGAUAACAAGACCUUGUUCAUCUUGCGCGAUGCAACUGCACACUUUGAAGAUAUCAUUGCGUGCAAGAACUCGCUUCUGGGGGGUACUAUUCAGGCCUCAACCGCCGAGAUUCGGCAACAAAUUGGGCUGCGCAUUCGAUCAUGGGGGAAAGAGUGGAAGCUCUGUAUCGUUCUAGCUAUCUUGCAAGAAGUCAUGCGAGGACGGGAUCUCGUCCAAGUGGCCCAGGAGUACGAGCGCUUCCUAGCGUAUGUAGUAGAACAGGAUUUGGAGACGGUCUGCGAACUAAAACCCAUCGUCAACGGCCUAGAGAUUAUGCAGCAUUUGGGGGCUAAGAAGGGCCCAUGGAUGAGCAGAGCAACUGGAUUCGUGGUGGAAUGGCAGCUUUUGCAUCCCGAGGUUACUGAUAAAACGGUCGUGCUGGAGGAGAUCUCCGGUCGGCGCGCAGAGUUGGGAUUGUAG